AUGACUCUUCAUUUUCGACAAUUUGCUGGUAAACCCACUAAAAUAGCUAUAUGUAAUAGUUGCAAAAAUCCUAAAACCAGAAAAUUUCUUCUCAUUCUAUCCAGUAUACUCCAAGAAAUAAGUUUGGUCCCAAUGCAUCACAGGAAAUAUCUUUCACCAGUUCAUAUGACAUGCUUAUUAGGUUGUACUCCUGGAUCAAACCCUUACACUACAUAUCAAUUUUUACAAGAUGAAUUUUUCCUAAAUAAAAACAUUCAUUCACUCGAAUUUUCUCCAUCAUUAUCAACCCCGUCACCUCUUCCCUUACCUUUAGCAAGACGAUCACAAGAAAAUACUGACACCACUACAUCCUGA